AUGGGAAAGCAGAAAGCCCCAGGACUGGAUGGGUUCACAGUUCUCUUCUUUCGCAGGUACUGGCAUGUAAUCGGGGAGGAAGUCUGGAUGGCCAUUCUGAAGAUUUUGGAGACGAGAGUGCUGCCGGAGGGCCUAAACCACACCCUUAUAGCCCUAAUCCCAAAAACAAAGAAGCCAGUGUCCCCGAAGGAAUUUCGCCCGAUCAGCCUUUGCAACGUCCUCUACAAGAUUAUUUCGAAGGUCCUAGCGAAUCGACUAAAGACAGUGCUGGACCGUAUUAUCUCCUCUGAGCAAAGUGCCUUUGUACCUGGGAGAUUCAUUACGGAUAAUGUCAUGGCAGCUUUCGAAUGCUUCCACACCAUGAAGAAGAGUAAGAAACGUAAGCAUGGUUUUUUCGCAGCAAAAAUUGAUAUGGCGAAAACCUAUGACAGGGUGGAAUGCAAGUUUUUGGAGGGAGUAAUGCAGAGAAUGGGCUUUGUGGAAGGUUGGAUCAAACUCAUAAUGAUGGGUGUGACAGCUGUGUCGUACUCUGUGCUAGUGAACGGCUAUGCCUCCCAGAUUUUUGUCCCUAGCAGAGGAAUCUGGCAGGGCGACCCUUUGUCACCCUAUCUCUUCCUGCUUUGUGCGGAGGGAUUAUCGGCAUAUGUAACAAAGGCAAUGACUGAAGGCAGAUUACAUGGCCUUCAGGUGACAAGGGGUGCCCCGGUGAUUACCCAUCUAUUUUUUGCUGACGACAGUAUCCUUUUUGCUAGGGCAACACAACAGGAGAGUCUGGAGUUGAAGAGGAUUUUACAGGCGUACGAGAGAGAAUCUGGUCAGCAGGUGAACUACCAGAAGUCUGAAGUCUCUUUCGCUACAAAUGUCAACCCUCACAACAAGCUUAUCGUUGGCGGAACUCUUGGAAUGCCAAUUGUAGAGAAGCAAGACAAGUAUCUCGGAUUGGCCACUGAGGUCGGGAGAUCUAAAAAAGAGCUCUUUGCGGGAUUAAAGGAGCGGGUUAGGAAGAAACUGAAGGGAUGGAAGGAGAGAACUAUGUCAGUGGCUGCUCGAGAGACUCUCAUAAAAUCAGUUGCCCAGGCGCAGCUGAGCUAUGCCAUGUCUGUGUUCAAAAUCCCGGAUGGCAUUCUGGACGAGAUCCAAAGCUUAAUCAUCAAUUUCUGGUGA